AUGGCAACUAAUGACUCAAGUCCGACCAAGAUUCAGGGACUUGUAACCUCGAGUGCUGAUCAUAUUGAAUUUCAACCUGAGCAGGACAAUGAGUCACAUCUUGACAAAAAGCUGGUUCGCCGCAUCGAUUAUCACCUACUUCCAUGGCUCUGCCUUCUCUACGCGUUGUCGUUGAUUGAUCGCACCAACAUUCCCUCCGCCAAGAUAGCGGGAAUGUCGGAGGAUUUGAACCUCAAUGGUAAUCGAUACUCUGUCGCGCUCGUCGUGUUCUUCGCCCCCUAUCUUCUCAGCGAGUUGCCUAGCAACUUCAUCAUUCGUCGCAUCGGCACAAGGUACUAUCUCUCAUUCCUAAUUGUCUCGUGGGGAACCAUAUCCAUGUGCCAUGGAUUCGUGGCCCAAUAUUCAGAGCUCGUUGGGUUGAGACUUAUUCUGGGGCUUUUUGAGGGGGGCUUCAAUCCCGGCUGCAUCUACCUGAUUUCUUCUUGGUAUAAGCGAUAUGAAACUCAACAGCGACUCUCUGUAUGGUAUAUGUCUGGGUCAAUAAUUUCGGGGUUUAAUGGGAUAAUAUCAUACGGAUUGAGCACACUAGAGGGACUCGGUGGACGACGAGGUUGGAACUGGAUAUUCAUCAUCCCCGGCGCUAUUACUAUUUUUCUUGCAAUCCCGAUCUUCCUGUUCCUGACAGACUUUCCCGAAAGCUCAUCGUGGUUGAGUCCUAGUGAUCUCGAGCGAGUCCAGGAAAGACUUCGAGAGGACCGCGGUGAACAAAUAGAUGAUAAGAUCAGCUUUCAAAAAGCCUUGAGAGAUCUCCGAGACUGGCGAAUAUGGGUUCUGGCAAGUCUGCUUUUCUUUCCUACGGCUGGCUCCUACACGAUGGCCUUUUUCACCCCGUCAAUUCUUUCCGGACUUGGGUACGAUAUAGCUUUUUGUCAAAUUCUCGUCACCCCGCCGUAUUUGCUGGCUGCGAUAUUCGCCAUCGUAACUGGCAUUAUCUCCGACCGCGUGCGCAUGCGCAGCCCGUUCAUCAUUGGCUUCUCGAUUGUUACUCUUGCAGGGGUCAUAAUGAUAUCCUGGGGUAAUAACACUGGUUGCAAAAUGGCUGGAAUAUUUCUUGCCGUUGUGGGCAAUAAUUGUGCUAUUCCUACUGUCUUGGCCUUUUUGUCUAACAAUAUUGUUGGAUCUAGCAAGAGGCAGAUUGCCGUUCCGCUCCAGACUAGCUUUGGUGCCCUGGGUGGAAUAUUUGGAUCGUUAGUCUUUCGAGAACAGGAUUAUCCUGCCUAUCGGCCUGGUAUAUAUGCUUCCAUCGCUUGCAUUGUAGUAUGCAUGGCGAUCACUCUUGGCAUUACGGUCCAUUUUUAUCGUGAGAACGAGGCGGCCGAUAAGAAUGGCAAAAUUCUGGAGGGACUUGAAGGGUAUCGCUACACUCUUUGA